AUGAUAAGCGGCGAACUAAUUCUACUCUUAACAAUCAUCUCGCUCCCGACCCUAACCCGCAAAGGCACGGAAUACCUUAAUGCUCGUAACAACUCAGCCUCAUCAAAUCAAGCCCGAACUCCCAAGAUCGAUGGAAUAUUGAUCCUUACAGCCCUUUGCAACCUCUACCUGGCGUUUUUCUCUUCGCCUCCAAAUAUAUUCCGUACGUUGAAUGCUCCUAUCAAUACUCCGUCGUUCACUUUGCGUGUUCUCUUAGAAAAAAACAAACAGCCGUUAAGUCUCUAUUACUUAUCUCUAUUGGAUAAACUACAGUCAUAUGAAUCACGGCUUAAAUACUUGGCAUUCGGAGAGCAUGCGUUCAUGCAAUGCACAUAUUGUAGAGACGCCAUCGAUUACCUCUACUUUAUAGUACCCAGUAACGCAAGUUAUUAUAUUCUCAUGUCAUGCAUUAUAGGCAUAGUUACAAUAACACGAAGCAAAGCACAUUGGAGAACGUAUGGUGUGAUAUCGUUAGCGGGAUUUUGCUUCUAUGAAUUCUACACAUUCGCAUCGACAGACAUACGAGACAUACAGCCUUCACAUCCUUCACUUUUCUCGACAAUCCAUUUCUAUCGCCAUUUGUUCUUUGCCAUUCUUUCGAUCCUUGUAAUAGUAAUCACGCAAGAAGACAUUCGUACCGACAGCGAGAUUCUCGCUUCCAUUGAACGACAACAGCGUUCGAUCAGCAAUCAGAUCAGGGGAUCUAGGUUGCAGCGUGCCACUGCAAUGAGAGAUCCGGAACUGAGGAAAACGUACGUGAAUUAUUACAAGGGAAAAGGAGAUGACUAUGCAAGGGUGGAGAGCGAUGCCGAGUACGUGAAUAUGAGAGAAAGGUUGUUAAGUGAACUGAGUUUGGAGAGGGAGGCAAGAGCUUAUGUUGACAGUAUUAUUAGUAUGAAGAACGAGAGUGAAAUUGAUGGUGGUAGCAGCAGCAUUGGAGAGUAA